UGCAGCAAGGGAAACCUAGAAUGAUUUGCUAAGCCACAUACAGCCAAGUAUCACUGCUACACCGGGAACAGAGAAGCCACUGACAUAGAACCAGCAACCAGACCGGAUGUGAAAAUGGCUAACGAUUUCACGACACCCUUUAUAACUGAAUCACUUUUAACUGCUGCGGCAAACAGCUGUGACUUUUACGUGCACCAAAGAACAGCCAGUAUCUUAAUGCCUCUGCAUUACAGUGUCGUUUUCAUCAUUGGACUCUCGGGAAACCUACUGGCCUUGUCUGUUGUAUUUCAAAACAGAAAGAAAAUCAACUCGACCACUCUAUAUUCGACAAACCUGGUCAUCUCUGACAUACUCUUCACCACGGCCCUGCCUGCUCGGAUAGUCUACUACGCAUCAGGAUUUGACUGGCAAAUUGGCGAAGCCCUGUGUCGAAUAACUGCUCUUAUAUUCUACAUUAACACGUACGCAGGUGUAAAUUUUAUGACCUGCUUGAGCAUUGACAGGUUCUUUGCUGUCGUCCAUCCCCUGCGCUAUAACAAAAUCAAAAGAACUAAAUAUGCCAAAUGUGUCUGCCUAUUUGUCUGGGUUCUAGUAUUUAGUCAGACACUCCCGCUACUUGUGCAUUCCAUGUCAAAUCAAGAGAUUGGAAGGAUUACAUGUAUGGAAUACCCAAACUUCGAACAAAUAGACCACCUCCCCUGGAUUCUCUUGGGCGCCUGUUUAAUAGGGUACGUGAUUCCUAUUGUCAUAAUACUAAUCUGCUAUUCUCGCAUCUGUUGCAAACUCUUUCAAAGUGCCAAACAAAACCCACUCACGGAAAAAUCAGGAGUAAACAAAAAGGCGCUCAACACCAUCCUUUUAAUAAUCAUCGUGUUUGUUGUCUGUUUCACGCCUUACCACGUGGCGAUUAUUCAACACAUGAUUAAGAAGCUUCAGCUUUCAGACUAUCUUCCGUGUAGUGCUCAACAGACGUUCCAGAUUUCCCUCCACUUCACGGUAUGCCUAAUGAACUUUAAUUGCUGCAUGGACCCUUUCAUCUACUUCUUCGCAUGUAAAGGAUAUAAGAGACGGGUUAUGAAAAUACUGAAACGGCAAGUCAGUGUUUCAAUUUCAAGUGCCGUUAGAUCAGCACCUGAAGAAACCUCACGUGAAAUCGCUGAAACGCAAAUGAUGAUUCAAUCCAGGUCUUUAAAUGGAUAGUAGUAAAGGAUAAAAUUGGGGGGCUUUCUGUACAUACUAUUUAUAAGGAACUUCACAAAACUUCUUAUCACUGAACUGCCAAUGAAUGAAGCCAAUGAAAUAACAUUGUACACAGUGGGGGUUUGGAUCAGAAGAAUCCUGACUACCCCAAGGACAGAACUUUAUGUGGAAAAGGUAUUACUGAAGUACAUUUGAAAACGAGUACUCUACGAUAUGUGACUGAGAGCCUGUGUGAUCCUCUAUGUGAAAUAAAAUUGAAAAGAGUGCACGGCCGGCACAGAAGAAUUAAGUCAAUUAAAAAUAAGGAAGUUCUUGGGUUGCAGUAAAUUGAAAGUGUUUCCUAUUGAUCAUUUGGGGCUUAAUUCAGAACAUCUGGUUACGAAAGUCCGACAUGAGACUUUCGGGAAAAUAAGAUUCCAGAACUGGAUAUUAAAAUGGUGAACAAUGCCAUGUUUUGGAUCAGAGAAGCAGCAUGGCGUAGUGGACGGGUCUGUGAGUCUGAAGGUCAUGGGCUCUAAUCCCGGC